CCCUUUCGCACUACACUAAAGUCGCACUGUUAAACUGUGUCUGGAAUCGUGUGUGUCGUGCGCGGCGCGGCUCGACGGGGCGCGCAAAGGCGGGCCGCCCAAUUAAUUAAGAUAGCUCCUAGACACACACGUUAGAUCGAUAGGGACCGGCCGCGAUAAAGACUGGCGAGGGUCUCAGACUUCAGGGAUGUUGCAGUGCUGUGGUGUUGGAGGUGGCGCUUCCACGGCACCUCACGCUCCGCAGCUGCAGGGUAUCGGAUCCGCUGUCGGGGCUACCACCUCCACGAGAACCACCAUCAUGCAGGACGCAGUUCUCGAAUCCAUCCUGGAGCAAAUGCGAGAGACGGAAGCCCGACGAGCGGAGCUGGAGAGGCAGCACGCGGAUGCACAGAACCAGCUGCGGGAGAAGAUAGCAGGACGCUAUCAGGGCCCGGAGUCGGUGGAGGCGUUGCAGUCGAAGAUCCGGGAGCUUGAGAAGAAGACGGAGCUGCAGAUAGUGAAGCACGAGGAGCUGUCGCUAGAGCUGACCAGUUUGAGACGUGCGCGUAGUAGAGGACCGAUCGUAGGGCACGUCACAUCCUCGAGCGUCCCGACGUCCACUUGGCCGCCAUCUGGCUCCGAGAUCGAUAGAAUCAUCGCCAAGAUCGAGCAGGAUAAUAGCACCAGCAGAAUGUUACACGAACUGGAUCACGGGUCGCGGGGCGCGAUAACCACGCAACAACCCUCGGCCACGCAAAGCAUCCUUCGGUCCAGCUCGGAGAAUCUUCCCAAUCUCGGCCAACACCAACACCCACCUCAUCCGCACGCCCUCAACCUCGGAAUGCCUACCCAGAUGGGCCACUACGCAGGCUCACCAAUGCCGUUAACGCCGAUGAUGCCUGGCUGUCCUCCACUGACGCCGAACGGACCACCGUAUCACUACAGCGAGCCGAUACCGCCGGCGCCGUCACUCUCCAGCAGCCAGUCACAGCCCGCUUUCCAACAGAAGAUCCAACAAUAUCAGCCGCAACAGCACGAUUUAUCGAGUUCCCAUUCCCAAAGUACUCUGCCGUCGCAACAGAAACAGCAGCAACAAACGCACACUUCACACUUUACAAGCAAUCAGUAUCAGGAGAGCUAUCCACAUACGCAAACGUAUCAGCAGCCGCUUCAGCAGCAGCAGCCGCAGCAACAACAUCCGGCCCCGACCACGUACCUGACAUCGGUCAGCCAGAGUGUGAUGCCUCACUAUACACAGCCUGCUCAAACCGCCCAGAAUUAUCAAUUGAAUGGCAGUCAACAGGCAACGACAUAUCCUAACUUGUCCAUGGCAUCGCAUCCGAAUGGGACUUACAGCACGGGCACAAGCAGCUUCAAUACCCAAUUGCCCCAUCACAAUUACAGUGUGCCGCAGACGAAUAUCCCGCAGACCACGUUGCCCUCGCUGUACUCCACCACGUCCUACCAUUCCACUCUUGGAGGCCUCACGAGCGUACCCCAGACUGUUCUUCCUUUUUCCACUGGUCAAAGCACCUUCGCCACGAGUGGAUCGACUUAUUCCACUACCGUCGGGACCAACGCUUUUGGGACGUCGGGCGUAACCUCAGGUACUAGUUCGGGAGGCUUGUUACAAGCAAUAGGCGAUCCUCUGCAAGCGAUGCAACAACUCUCCGCCCAAUCGCAGGCCAAUCAGCUUCAGCAGCAGGCAAUCAUUCAGCAGAUCCAGCAGAGCUUGCGCGCCAGCUCACCGACCGCGCCGAGUACCGCAACCGGCCAUCACUUUUUAGGUCCCAGGCAAAUGCCGAAGAUCCCCACGAGUAUACUGACGAAUCCCCUGGACCGAUUGACCAACACCGAAGACAUUGUAUCCGAAGGUCAAGUGGAUAUGCUGGACGUGCCCGGCAAGGGUAGAUGUUACGUUUACAUAGCCCGUUUUAGUUACGAACCAUUUCAACAUUCACCGAACGCGAAUCCGGAAGCGGAACUGCCAGUCCAGGGUGGCGAUUAUCUCCUAGUUUGGAGCCAGCCGGACGAAGAUGGUUUUCUGGACGCGGAGACGCUCGAUGGUAGACGCGGUCUGGUGCCGGCCAACUUUGUGCAGAAGUUGGUCGGCGAUGAUCUAUUGGAAUUUCAUCAAGCUGUUCUCGGCCUUAGAGACGUGGACGAUUCCGCCUCGACGAAUAUCCCUCAAGUGAGCAAUAUGAAAUCUAACAAGUGCUAUCUGCAAGAUAUUGAUUUAGAAUUAGCCGCGUUGGAAGAAGGUAACCGGAAUCGUCAAGCAGAACUGUCCGCGUACGCGGAACUUGACAAUAUCGCGGAGGAGGAUGAACAAGAACCGCCAGAAGUCUACAUGUUUUCGGACCUAGUUCCGGCGCCGCAGCACCUCACACUCGAGCGGCAACUCAACAAAAGCGUGCUGAUCGGAUGGACCGCGCCCGAGAACACGCACCAACUCGAGUCUUACCAUGUCUACGUGGACGGAGUGCUGAAAGUCACGGUGAAGGCCACUGAGAGGACUAGAGCCUUGGUAGAAGGAGUCGAUUCUACUCGGCCGCACAGAAUAAGCGUGCGUUCGGUCACGCAUUCGAGAAGAACGUCGCGCGAUGCUGCUUGCACAAUGGUGAUCGGUAAGGAUAUCGCGUUAGGUCCAACCGCCGUCAAAGCGUCGAACGUCACGGCGACCAGCGCUGUAAUAUCUUGGCUACCCAGUAACAGCAAUCAUCAACACGUCGUAUGCGUAAACAACGUGGAAGUGAGAACAGUGAAGCCGGGCGUUUACAGGCAUACUAUCACCGGCUUAGCCCCGUCGACGAUAUACAGGGUGACCGUCAAGGCGAAGAACUUACGGGCGACGCACUUCGAGGAACAAAACGCCCAGGCGGCAAAUAACUUGGCUUGCCACGUCCACUUCAAGACGUUGCCCAAGGGACUACCAGAUCCUCCGGUCGAUAUCCAGGUGGAGGCUGGACCGCAGGACGGCACUUUGCUAGUGACUUGGCAGCCUGUUGCCCUAAACGGUUCGGCCGUCACCGGUUACGCGGUGUACGCCGAUGGUAAGAAAGUCACCGAUGUCGACAGCCCCACCGGCGAUCACGCGCUCGUCGAUAUACACAAGCUUAUGGGUCUCAACCCGAAGCACAUCACCGUCAGGACUAAGAGCAGGGAGAGUCAGUCGGGUGACAGUUGCGCAACGGCGAUACCUUGCAGCGUGCUUCGCGGGGGUCCUACCGCAGGUCACAUGCCGUCCCAUGGUGGAGCCCCGCAUAUGGUGGACCAACGACAGCAACAGUCUACCGGCAUGGUUCCCCAACAGGAUGAUUCCGCUCGUCAUCGCAUGACUAGUCAGCGAUACCCAAACGCACCGAUGCCUUCGCACAUGCGACGACACGUGAGCAACAGGGUGGACGCCCACGGUCAGGUUAUCAUCGAGACGGACGAGAAUCUUUCCGACAAAGAGAUUUAUCCCGGACAGAGUAUUCCUCAAAUGGGUAUCCCAGAGAUCACAAAGGAUUCCGCGAGCGAGGCAAAUUACAGCGAGGAGGAUGAUCCCACACGAAGAUCGCGAAUGCCGCCGCAGCAUCACGGCCCGCAUCAUCGUUAUGGUCCUCAGAUGGACUCACAGGGUCCACCUGGCGCGCAUAGGUCUCCUAACAUGAGUGGUCCCAGCGGUAGACCUCAAGAUCCUUAUUAUGACCAAACGGGAUCUCAAAGGGGAAGAGGUCCAGUUUAUCGUGGUGCACGCGGCACACAAGCUCAAGGUGGACCAAGUCAUCCAACAAGUGCAGCUCAACAGAUGAACAAAAGGCAGCGAUGGUUCGUGGCGCUGUUCGAUUACGAUCCCACAACCAUGUCACCAAAUCCAGAUGCGUGCGAAGAGGAAUUACCAUUUUCCGAAGGCGAUACCAUCAAGGUAUACGGCGAGAAAGAUGCCGAUGGUUUUUAUUGGGGCGAGUGUCGGGGUAGACGAGGAUACGUUCCUUAUAACAUGGUAGAGGAGCUUAAAGAUCCGCCGGGUCAAGGUCAGCCUGGUAGGAGAGGACCUGCACAAAACGAGAGAUGGGGAGACAUUUAUGCGAGUAUGCCCGUGAAAAAGAUGAUAGCUCUCUAUGAUUACGAUCCUCACGAAUUGUCUCCCAACGUUGAUGCUCAAGUGGAGUUAACGUUCCAAACCGGAAACGAAAUCUACGUUUACGGCGAUAUGGACGACGACGGUUUUUACAUGGGCGAGCUGAACGGCGUACGCGGUUUAGUGCCGAGUAACUUCCUCACCGAGGCACCUGGACAAAAUCAAGGACAACCGCCACCUGGUAGCAGGCGACCUGGCGGCCAAAGUCAAGGACCGGGCGCGAGAGGGCCGCCGCCGCCUCCACGGGAACCACCCCCGGCCGGUCAUCGACGUGGCAAAGAUGCCUGCAUUGUGCCUGUGUCUGUCCCUGUCUGUCACUUAGACUCUAGACAACUACAACAACAACCACCACCAUCACUAAUGAACAACCAACAACAUCAACUACAACAUCAAAACAAUCCACCGCAUCUAGCCUACCAACAAGCGAAUCACCACAGCUACACGACCGUAACCACGUCCAAUCAGCAUGGGCCCAGUCACUUGCCACCCGGCGGCGGUGUCAUGGGUGCCCAUCAGCAAGGUCCCGUACCGCCCCACCUUCAGCAACAGGGGAAGGGGAGGGGCGGCGUGGUCAAUCGAGUCGCUGGUAGUAACAUGCCAGGUGUGCAAGGCCAACACCUUCAACAACAGCAGCAAGACUAUCAGGGCCAGCCAAAUCAGCCGUAUCAGCAGCAGCAGCAGCCGAAUCAGCCGUAUCAGCAGCAGCAGCAGCAGUCGAAUCAGCCGUAUCAGCAGCAACAACCGAAUCUAGGAUAUCAGCAGCAACCGCAACAACAAUUCCAACAACCGCAGCAGCAGCAGCAACAAUCAGGCCAGCCGUUUUCGCAGCAGAAUCAGCAGGGCGGACCUGGAAUGCAGCCUCCUCAGAGCACCAGCAAGCCCAUGAGAGGAAUACCGGCGGUGCUACCGACGGCACAGUCCAAGACGCAACCUAACACGCAGCAGAAUCAGCAGCAACAACAGCCACAACAGCAGAGUACCGGGCCGAACCUGAUGCAGAAAUUCACCGAGAUGGCGGGCGCGAGUGCAGGUGGCGACAUAUUAUCCAAGGGCAAAGAGCUGAUCUUUAUGAAGUUUGGAUUGGGCAAGUGAGAAGGAGCGAUCGUUGAUGGCGCGACGACGAUGAUUAUGAUAAUAAUGAUGAUGAUGAUGAUGAUGAUAACGACGACACGUUAUCGCGAUUGUUUUCGUUUCUUCCUUUUCGCGCUCGACGUCCAUGUUUGACGCGUACGCAAGUUGUCGAUUUCUCGACAAGUUGUGCAAAAAAUCAGUAUUAUCACAAAUGUUGUUUCACAGUGAAGGGAAUACAUAAUAACGAGUAAUCUCGCCGGAUGUGUUGUUGCUGAAAACAAGGCGAAGGACGAAGAGGCGAAAAAUCUGCGCCGCCAUUGCUGCUGCUGCUGCUGUUGUUAUCCGCUAUUAAUAACCGUUAAUUGUGCGUAAAUUGUGUUAUAAAAAAAAGAGAAAGAAAUCGUUGCUGGACAAAUACAAUCGAGGACGAACCUCGGAAGGGAGAAAGGACAUUCGGUGGAGACCGCUCGGCAUAGGGAAAAAGAUAGAAGGUUUACGCCGAGAAUUGACACUGACGAUUUCAUCGAUCGAGAAGAAACAAGAGAUACGUAUGAGAUUCAUCAAACUUCUUCUUAAUCCUCCUUCUCCAAAAUCUUCUUCUUCUUCUUCUUCUUCUUCGCGCGACGGUAGGAUCCUCGAUCGGUGUUGCAUGGUCUCUUAAAAAAAAAAA